CCAGGAAACGGCAGCAGGAGAGAAAAAAAUGGAAACUGGGAAAGACUGAGAGAGACAGAAGGAAGGAGAGAGAGAGAGAGAGUGUGAAAGGAGCGAGAGAGAAAUAUAGAGAGUGUGUGAGGGAGGGGGGCAAAGGAGGGAGUGUGUGAGCGGGAGAGAGAGAGAGAGAGUCGGUGACGGGGUCGCUGUGACUGACCGGGGCGGGGGGAAUGGACUGGGGCCGGGGCUCGGUGCCCGGGAACCGGAGACUGUGAGCGCGGAGCCGGGAGCGCGCGGCGGGAGCGAGAGGCCGGAGCCGAGUGUCCGAGUGUCCGGCACCAAGAUGGACGCGGGGGGAAUGGAGAAGGAUUGCAGCGCCCUGGGGGGGCUCUUCCAGAGCAUCAUGAGCGACAUGAAGGGCGGUUACCCAGUUUGGGAGGAUUUCAUUUCCAAAACUACAAAGCUGCAAUCUCACUUAAGGACCACCAUUGUAAUUGCUGGAUCCUUUCUCGAUGCUUUUCAGAAAGUAGCUGAUCUGGCAACUAACACACGAGGUGCUACAAAGGAGAUUGGCUCAGCUCUGACCAGGAUGUGUAUGAGACAUCGCAGCAUUGAGUCAAGGCUCAAGCAGCUCACUACUGCUCUGACUGACAGUUUGAUAAACCCUCUGGAGGGUCGGAUUGAGGAGUGGAAGAAAAUUGCCAACCAGCUGGACAAGGACCAUGCCAAAGAAUACAAGAAAGCUCGACAAGAGAUCAAGAAGAAAUCAUCUGAUACACUGAAAUUGCAGAAAAAAGUGAAGAAAGGGAAGGAAGAAGUGAGGUUGCAGUUGGACACAGCUUUACAGGAUGUCAAUGAAAAAUAUGUGCUGCUGGAGGAGACAGAGAAGCAGGCUGUGUGCCGGGCUCUGAUUGAGGAACGCAGUCGCUUCUGUACAUUUGUCACCCUUCUGCGACCUGUGCUGGGUGAGGAAAUUGGAAUGUUGGGAGAGGUUACACACUUGCAGACUAUUCUAGAAGACUUGACAAACCUGACGGCUGACCCCCAGACACUGCCUCCUGCCAGUGAACAGGUGAUCUUGGAUUUGAAGGUGGCAGAUGAUUAUGACUACACAUACCACACACCACCCUCAUCACCCAGCAGCUCUCACUCUCGGAGGGGCACUGUAAGCAGCGUAUACCAUUACCCACAAACUACAGGGAAACAUCCCAGUAUUCCUAACUUUGAAUCUGCCUCUCCAUCAGUGGAAACACUUCAUAUACAACCUCCAUCUGUCUCAACAGCUGAUGGCACCAGCCAGAAAUCCACCAGUUCAACAUCCUCCGAGGCUUCAGAAACCUGGAGGUCGGUUAGCGAAUGCAGCUCUCCCACCUCUGUCUGCUCUGGCUACAAGACCGGGCUGUGGGCAGCAACCAGCAAGGACUGGACAAAAUUUGCACCGAUAGAGCAGCUGCAGAUUAACAGCCUUCAGCUGAAUGAAGCAACUGCUUAUCAAAUGGUUGGAGAGAAUGGAGCCCAGGCACCAGUGGAGGCCAGUGUAUAUACACAGGCCAUGGAGAGAGCGCAGUCCACAGCAGGGUCAGCUGCAUACAAGCCACAGAUUGGAGAGAUGAGUGCUCGUGAACAUCUUGCCUUAACCUUGAGUCAAGGAAUGAAUGUGGGUACACAAAGGAACAGCCGGGAUUCCCUGCAUUGUUCAAGUGGUUACAGCACCCAGACAACGACACCUUCCUGCUCAGAGGACACCAUCCCUGCACAGGCAGUGAAGAAGGAACAGUCCCUGGUUGUGCCUGACUAUGAUUACCUGUCUCUGCAUGGAGAGCAGGAGCUGCCUGAUCAGAUUGACUUUGAUAAAUCAUCUACCAUUCCCAGAAACAGUGACAUCAGCCUGAAUUAUAGGAAGAUGUUCCAGGCGAAGCGGCCAGCUUCCACAGUGAGCCUCUUGGUUGACCCCGAGCCCAUGAUGACUUCUCACGUUGCUACGAUUCGCAGAAAGCCUUCCAGCAAACCGACCUUUCGGCGUGGCACCAUCAGCGGUGUGCCCAUUCCCAUCCGGACUCCCGUGGUGCCAAUUCCAGGGCCACCUGUGGCCAGCAAGCCGAUAGGGCUGGCAGUGUCUCGGACGGGCAGUGAGGAGUGUGUUAGUCUACACGGAGGGCGCUCCAAUUUUGUGCAAAGGAAGCAGGGAAUCUGCAGCUCGACUCAAAGCCUGAGCAUGGCCCAGACCCCUGGCUACUUCCUCGUGCCAGAGAAACCUCUCCAACUCAGUGGCCUCCAGCGAUCGGCCCCCAACCUCCAGAAUGCCCGAGAAUUGAUGCCAGCAACAAAUAAUACAGGAAAUGGAGUGACUCCGCACCUGAGCCCUGCUGAGGAUUCCCAAAGGACUGCAGGGAUCCACACUGCUGCUGCUACUCCCUCACCAACUGAGGGAGGUGAUGAUGUUUUGUCCAUGAUUCGCAGAGGGGUAAAACUUAGAAAGACUUUAACCAACGACCGAUCAGCCCCCAGGAUCGUUUAACACUCAUCCCGUGGGAGAAGUGCAAACAUUUUCAAAGCCAAUGACUUUGUCCUCUUGCUCUCUUUCUCUGCCUUUUGGUUUUAAACUGGUGACAGUUCUUUCUCCUCAUUCUCAGAUUAAACUGCUCAUUUGCAAAUUGUCAUCAAAAACCUGUCAAGUGCCAGCUCCCUGCCAAUGGCUCAGGAAUCCUUGCCUACUCCUGUACCUGAUCACAGGAUGGGAGGCUGACUGUCUCAGACACUUUGGGUUGGUUUGGGUGGGGCAGCUGGAAAAUGAAUGCUGGUGUUUGCAAGCCUGUCUCUCUCUCACCAGCAGGUGAUGAGCUGAGACAGCAUUCUAGGGGAUAGGUUGCAUUGGUCCAGUUCCUCCUGGUUAGCAAUGGAAAACCAGGCUGGGUUCCUGCUCCUGAUCACCAGUGAGUGAUUCCUGAAAUGGGGCUGUGUAGCUAUCGGGUGACGGAGGAUCAGGGCGCAGUAUCUCACAUUGCUGACGAACCCAGUUAACACCCAACCCUCUUUGACCCUCUUUGUUCAGCAUUUGGAGAAAACUAUUUAUGGGGGGAAACAGCAGCAGAAUUUCCAUGGAUUUUACCCCAUGUACAGCUUCAGAAGAGAAUAGCAAGAAGUUGGAGCCGGGUGGGGAAUAGGUGUAUGCACCUCCCCCUCCUGAACUACUGAAACAAACUGACCCUGUUCCUUGCAGCAACAUUCACUGCCAGGACCUUGAUUCAUCCAUUUGAAGUGUGUUUUGAGGUGGAGUACAUGGAAAUAACAUUAUGACACUUCAGGGGAUCUGCUCAGGAUUUCGAACUAGAAGCUUCUUACAAAGGAUUUGGUUUUAAGUUGCUCUGAGUUUGUAAAGAACACUGUUCACUUGGUGAAAAACUGCAAAAUUCACCUUCACACAGGAACUCCAGCAGUUCACUUGUUUUCAUGGUUUUAAAAAAAAUUGCACGGUGGAGGUGCAACAGAUUUAUUUUCUUUCCUUAACAUCAAAAGAUAUUUAUUUGUAUCAAAAUUGUGAAAACUUCUGUUGUACAAUGAGUUCUUGCAGCAAAUAUUGCUGUUCAAUCCACCACACUCAUUGAUGCAAAAGGCUUUAAAUGGUAAUUAAUUAGUUCGUAUAUGUUAGUUUUUAAAUCCCUUUUAAAGUUUAUCUUUUACUGCUGGGCCUAACGCAUUGCUUUGUAGUUCUGGCAUUUUUACAGAUUGGGCUCAAGGGGUUCAGGGUUGACAGUGUUUAAUUAUCUGUUCUUUUGGCUUAAGUGGGCAGUGUUUUAAAAUUGUCAGUGCAUACCAAACUUUAAUUGGGUAUUAAAGUAUGUUAGUUAGCUUGCAAUGUGAGCAGUCCGCUAAAUAUUUUCUUUUAAAUGUUAGGUUUAGCAAGAAGCGCAUCUCGCCUUAGCAUUUGUACAUCACAUUCCUGUAACUGCUGCCUGAGCUGCGUGCACUGUGAUGUUAUGAAGAGGGUGCCUGUUAACAUGCAGCCCUUAACUAUUCGCUGCAGCUGGUACCUGCCCCAGCUGGUGCUAAAUAAUCUCUUCUCAUUCACUCAAACAGACCUCAGUGGAACCUCCAUUGUAUCUCCCGAAAUCUACAGUGUGAAUUCUUGAAGGAUCAGAAAACCUGUUGCUAAAUAAUUGCGUCAGCUGGCAUAGAACAGGAAUGCAAAACCAAAUUUGGGGUACAGCUUAUAUUUACAGCAAUAUUUCUGUGCCUCAAUAUGGUAAACUGCAGACAGUUUAAGUUAUACAGAGCUCUGGGGGUUAUAAGAUUUUUAACUCAAAUUUUAAGUAGGAUGGAGGAAUUGGUUGGGAUUGUAAACUUAAUUGUAGCAAACAGGGAACAGGACUGGAGCUGGUGUGAAAUGGGAUAGCACCCAUCAGAUAUUGAAUACUGUUCAUCCCAAACCUCCAGCUCGCUUGAGAUGGCUGCAAUUAUUAAGUGAAGCUUUCACCAGCAGUCUGUGGAUUGAUUAAUGCUGUUUGCACAAAUAGCCUUCUUAAUGAAUGCUUUUUGUGAUCAUUUUUGAUAAAUGGAAGGACUGAUGACUAUAUAUUAAUGUCUAAUGAUGAUUUCUGCAACCUUGAAACAGCUUAUCAGCGUUUAUUUGAAAAAGGCCAUUUUUCAAUUUUGAUUUGUGCCUACUCUAGGAUUGUGCAGUGGUUUUUGGACCUGAAGAACUGCCCAGUUUUCUGCUGCCCUUGUCGAACCUCAGUCUGUCAUCUCUCUCCAGUCAUAUUUCUCACACCAGAUUCCACCCACCGUAUCUGAUGCUCUGACUCAGUGUCUCACUGCAUAAGGGAAUACUGCCUGGUAGAUUCUAAAACCUGCUUUAUUCUCACUGCAAGUGCCUCCUCUUCCCAAUAAAUGUACUUAUUUCAGUCUCAAAAUUAAGGACUAUCUGGCUUUGAAUUGUUUGUUGAAUUCUGGACCCAAGGAACAGUCACAGAUCUUUAUUUCCAAACUGCACGUUACCAAUAUGAUGGGCUGGCAUCUUCCAAAGUAACAUCACUGUUUUAUGGUUAAAGCUGGAAUCAUCAACACAAAAUCAGAGAAGGGAGCAGUUUCUUUUUUGGGGAGAGUUAUUUUGAGUUUAUAUUUACAAUUAAAAACCAAACAAUGUACCUCUGACAAAUCAAUACUAAGGAACAAAUUUAGUCUUCAAAGACCAGGUGUCAGCAGGAAUGCCACACUUGCUCAUUCUCACUACUUGUACUACACCCAGUCUCAAGGGCUUCAUUUAACCCUGACCAUUACAGAGAAGGGGAGUCCCAAAUUUCUACUCUGUAGUUAAAACCCCUUCCUGAUAUCAUCCCUGAAAGGCCUAGCUCUGGACAGCUCCCUUCAGAAAACAUACUCUCUGUAAGGAUUGUAGUGAAUCACUUCAAACCUGGGAAUAAUUGUUGGGUUUGUACAACCUGUCCUCAACCCUCUAAGCUCCCCUCUACCCUAAAGAUUGGCGAUACAUCCUUCUUAAGGUGCAAUGCCCAGAACAUUCUCUAACUGGGACCUGACCAAGGUUGAGUCAGGCUGAACUAUGUAUUUGAGGAUUGGCUCAGGCUAUACCUUGGGUUGUUCAGUGAGGUAAAGUUACCAUAGUGACAGAGGAUCAUUGGGCCUGAUUAGAGAGACAGCUGACUGGUGUUGAGUUUAACCUGUGGGUGACUAUGCCUAAAGUGAGGGCUGUCAGUACAAUUUAGGUCAUUAAUACUGAUAUUGAAGAUAAAAGUGAGCUUUACUUACCAGGGUGUGUUUCUGCGGCAUUUUAAAUCUUCCCAUCAUAAUAAGUAAACACUAAUCUAGCUGUCUAGGCAUUAAGCAAAGAUGACCACAUGAGGGUUUUUGUUGGAGUCUUCUCUCGCCUUCACAAUACAGAUUUACCCAACAUUUAAAAACUGUCAGUGAUCAUUAUUAACUAGGUGUUACAGAACUAGGUUCAGUGUCUUAAUCCAGCAAGUGCGUCUUUUGCAUUGUUUGUCUGCCCCUCCAGUGCACAGUUCAACUCUUGAGGGAAAGUUCUUUAAAAAAACCUCUUCUCAGUGCCAGGUUCUAGAAUAGUCAUCCAUCCUCACAGCUUCUCUAUACAAAAGAAACCAUGAGUGAUAUCUGUUCCCACUCCUGCCCAUGUUGCUGAGGUUCUGAAUCAGCUGUGACUCUUUAGUAACGUCUAUCUCUAUUCCCAGUUUUAUUUCUCUUGUUCGAAGUAAAGUUGAAAAAUCACUUUUCUUCUAAAAUAAACCCAGAACAUAUAGGCUCUGUUACCAUAUGAAGUCAUACUUGAAUCUUCAGUAAAACCCCUGAAAUUUUGAACUGUUCCUGCAGGUUGUGGUUUGUGGCUUGUGCAUUGGUGCUGAGGCCAGUGAUUUUGUUGACAGUUACACUGCACUUUGUGGUGAAUUGCAAUCUCUUUGCUUGGCUGUGAACCAGCCUUAUCUGAGGUGGCACAGAGCUUAGGAAAGAGCCUUUGGUAAGCACGGUGUUUCAUGAAAACCCAACAAUUGUGCCAAGCCUCAAGACGCACGAGUAUUGAACCAAGGAUCAAUGAAUUGUAGUAUUGGCAGACAGUAUUUACUGCUUGGCCUUGACAGAUUGAGGAUUGUCAAAGGAAAGGAAAUAGUGACGGGUGUUAAGACAGACGGAAGGAGGAGUGGAGGCUGGACAUCAUGAAAGGAUCAUUCAUUUUGGGAGAUUAGGAGUCUGAGCAGUGCAGGGAAUCAUCCAAAAUCUUUCAACCACCCACGAAUAAGUCAACAGAUAAUCAUAAAUCUUUUGCAGUGCAAUCAAUGUGCCAAAUUUUGAGUGUCUGUCCCUCUAAGAGAUGUGACUCUCACUCUGCUUGUCAUCUGUUAUACAGCAGUGCCCAGCAGUUAAUAGGUUCCCAAGAGAGAGAUUUGUAAACACAACAGUAGCAAUGACCUUGGAAAGCAGGAAAUCAGCAACAAUGUCAGACUUCUCAAUGCUGUGCUGUUUUAAUUCCAGAUUGGCAAUUUGCUGCCCAUUUUAACUGUGGGGUGUACAGUUCUCAAAGUAAAAACCAAAGGUGAAAUAUUUAUAUGUAUAAAGAAAGUAGGAAUUGCAAAUAAGCACAAUCUGUAAAUCUCUGCAGUGGCUUGGCCUGUUUUAUCCAGCCCAGACUAGCAGGAUGAAAGCCUUGAAUACAUGUGUAGGCUAGUUAUAAGGAUUCUGUUUGAGGUGAGUUGGGCAGGUCUCAGCUCAUUGACCAUUGCGUCAUAAACCCACCAACACAUAACUAAGGACAAAUCGACACUAGUCUAGCAACCCAACUGAAGCUGUCGUUUUGUUACAGCCCUGGUCUUGUGUGGGGAAACUAAGCAAGCGGCCUGCUGUCACACUGACUCUGUACUAAGCAGCAGAGUUCUCCUGUCAAUACUUUCUCAUUAACCUGUUCAGAGGUAUAACUUCUGGAGUUUUGGAGGAGGUGGGACUUGAAUCCAGGCUUCCUGGCUCAAGUCAGGACUG